AUUUUAAAGGAAGACAGUAACCAGCUUCUAUAUGGUUAACCCUCUAUUUAUACCUUUGCAGAGGCAGAGCCAAUAUUGCAUCAAUUGUCCGAUAUAAUAUCCGAGAAAUCAGAAUUAGUUCAUAUACUGAAGUUAAAGCAAAAAAAGGAGACAUUAGAAGAAAAUGCAGUCUGCAAAAGUGACAGCCGCAAAUGUUGCAGCUUCUGCUCAGGCAGGGCUGGAGAAAACAAAAGCCGCGGCACAAGAAACUGUAGAGAAACUAACAAGUGAUCGAGCAGCGAAGAAAGAGACUGAAGAAACUAAGCAACAGACAGUUAAAGAGCAACACCCUGAUGCAGCAAACCAGCAAGCAACUGAAGUCAAGAGCAACCCAGCUGCUGUGGCUGACGCUCAAACCCAGACUAUACAGGCCAAAACUACACAGUAAUUUGCUAAAGCGCAAAUGAGCUGGGAUUUGAGGCUCAAAACUAUUACAGAGGGGAAAACUACAGAGUAAAUAUAUACUGAAUAAGGGGAUCAAGCUUGUGCGUCUAUAGAAUUCCCCUCUUUUGUUUUGGGUAUGUUGUGUGUUUGAGAGUGGUAUGAGGGUGUAAUAUUGUAUUGUAAGUCGUGCGCAUAGUACUGGAAUGAAAUAAAGAUUGUUUUUUUAUAA